AAAUGGUUUCGUGGAUCAAAAUAAAUGUAGAUCCUGUGUGCGUUGGAAAACCAAAUGACGGCUAUGGGACGGUUAUUGUUCCUUUUGAUGUAAAAGUAAAACAGUUGAAGCUCGCUCAUCUCUCAGGGGCAGUCUCCCAGAUAAAUAGCCCGGUAACGGCCCGAAACUGGGGAGAUAAUAAGUUUCCAAACGCACUCUAUGUGGUAAUUACUGACGAGAAAAACAAGCAAAUAGCACCUUAUCCUAGUUAUUCCGGAAAUUCCGAAUUCUUUUUCACCAUUGACAGCAUAACCGUGUCAAGCCCCGAAUUAAUUUAUCCAAUUUUUAAUCCUUCUUUGCCUUUACAAAAAAAUGAAACCCUCAGGGUUUGGUUUACUGAACAACUGCAGGGUUAUAUGGAUGUUGGCAGCUACGGUAAAGCAUGUGCUGAUAUGUAUAUUAAAUUGUAAGACAUACGGUUUUAGACGAUGUAUCAAGUAUCUAAGAUACAAAGUAUGCUCGACAAGACAAGGCAAGGCGCACCAAAGGCCUAUGCGCAAUUUACAAGAAUCGUACAUGAUAAAUCGUAGGUUACUAGAUAUGACAGGGGCGUAGCAAAGGGUGCCAGAGCCCCACCCUCCCCCUCUUCGUGGCAACGAAACGGUGUUUGUUUUCAAUUUAUGCGGUAAUUUUCAAUUUGAUAAUAAUAUAAUUUAAAGUAACCGUCUGAUUUAUUUACUUCAUGGUUAAAUUUCAAUUGCACUUUCCAAUAACACAUAAUUUGUAGGAAAAAAGUUGUAAUCGUGGUAAAAAUAAAGUUGUUGCUGUUGUUCUU